UAAUAGAUCACGACCUGACUCCCGACGACCCUCUAAAGAACAAGAGAAUGGAGAACCUAGAGCAGAAUUGUAUGCCCGACAUAAAAACGGUCACAGGAGGGAGUCCUACCAACCUCAUAGACCAGAUAAAAACCUCAGAAGAAAAUCUCACGCAGACCUUCUUGUUCCAACAUCACAGUCAAGAAGAUAUUCACAGCAGGUUGAUGUUAAUGUAAACGGUAUCACGAUAUUUAACGAAGGACACAUGUACAGCUCGCAUAACAAGGAACGUAGAGUAAGAUCAAAAGAAACAGUGAGAGAAGAAAGAAGAGGUUCCAGGGACCGGGUGUUUAAAGAGGAAGAGGGAAGAAGAAAUUCCCGGGACCAGUUAAUUGAUGGAGGUGAAAGAAGAGGUUCCAGGGACCUUAGAAAUUCAAGGGAUCAUCUACAUGCAUCCAAGGAGCAGCUAAAAGAAUCUCUUAAAGCAACGGUGCUUUUGGAUCCAUAUCAGAAAAGUGGAUCAAGGCAUGGAUCAAGCGAAAAGCUGCUUGGAUCAAUGCAACCAAAAAUAAUGGAUGAGUUUGAUACCGGAAACGAGAAUACAGAUACGGAAUCAAGCCUGAGUAAACCAGACAGAGAGGUUUCACACCAAGAGCAAACAUAUUCAGGAGUAUAUUCAGAAGAUGACAGUGGACAGCACGGCAACAAUAUUAGAUCCUCUGAGAACCAAAAGCUAGCUAACCAGCCCCUUAAUUCUACCGAUCUCAAGUUGUACAAGAAAAAUCCUCCAAAGGUUAGCGGAACCCUGCCGCGGAUAAGCGGAACCCCGUCUAACAGUUUGGAUGUUAAAGAGGAUGGAAACCUAGCUUUUCUAGCACGGAGACAUAAACAAAGGAGAUCUUCACUUCUACCAACUGAAACGGAGAGAACAUAUCCUAUAGCCAAUCAGCGGAGAAGGAACUCCAGUACAGUGCUCAUUAUCAGCCCACCCUCAAACCCAGAUUGCUCUCCGAUAUUUAUAAACAAAGAGGAUGGAUUAGCAAGAUACUAAAGAAGCUGGAAUAUCAAAAUGUACACUAAAAUAAUAUAAAUCCAAUAAAUAUAUAUAUUGUACUAUA